CGGUGCCGCCCCAACCAUGGCGGCGCCCGCCGGCGUUUGGCUCGUGUUCGGGUUCAGCCCCGAAGAGGCGGCCGGGGAGCCGGGCCCGGGCCCGGGGCCGUGGCGGCUGGAGGCGGGUCCCGAGGGGAUCUCCCGCGUGUGGCCCGCCUGGAGCUACGUGGUCCUGGAGACCGGCGCGGGGCUGGAGGUGCGGAGCGCGGGGCUGCGGCGGCGGCUGCCGGGCUGGGCCGAGGCGCUGCCGUCCGAGACGCACCUGGUGCUGCGGGGCGCGGCGGCGGCCGGCGCCUGGCGGCGGGAGGCGGCGCUGCGGGGAGCGCCGCUGGACGAGCCCGCCUGGAGCCGUUCGCUGCCGCCGGAGCCCCGCCAGCCGCUGCCGCUCCUGCCCGGCGGCUUCGCCACGCCGCGGCCGCCGUUCUUCACCGCGCUGCCGGCCGGCGUGCGGGCCCGGCGGCUGGUCCUGGGCACGGAGCACGCCCUGGCACUGGGCACCGCCGGGGAGGUCUUCACCUGGGGCGGCGGCAGGCAUGGGCAGCUGGGCCACGGGCUGCUGGAGUCGGAGCCGCAGCCGCGGCUGGUGGAGGCGCUGGCCGGGGUGCCCGUGCGGGCGGUGGCGGCCGGCGGGUGGCACUCGGCCGGUGUGAGCGAGGCUGGAGACCUGUACGUGUGGGGCUGGAACGAGUCAGGGCAGCUGGCUCUGCCCUCCAAAGCGCUGGCACAGGAGCGAGCGCGAGAUGAGCACGCGGGGAGCACCAAGCCGAUGCCGGGCCGGGCGCAGCUGGCUGCCGAGGAUGCUGCAUUCAUCUCCAUCCAGGCGUUCCCAGCGCUGCUGGAUCUGCCACAGGACCCGGAGGUCAGCGCGGUCAGCUGUGGCUCCCGACACACAGCCGUGGUCACACGAGGCGGGGAGCUCUACACCUGGGGCUGGGGUAAAUACGGACAGCUGGGACACGGGAACAACAUCAGCUCCGACCAGGCACGCCGCGUCGAGCACCUGGUGGCCAAGGGGCUGCGGGUGGAGGAGGUGGUGUGUGGGCCCUGGACCACCUAUGUACGCGUGCGGGAGCCGUGAGGGCACCGAGACCCACGGGGCGCUGCCAGAGCGGGGAUGAGGGCAGGCUCUGCUCUGCAGGACCAGCUCCAGGACCACUCUGUCCUCAGGGCCAGGGCAGGCAGCCCCCCUGCGGCACAGGAUGGGGCUGAGUUGGCCCACGGUGACCUGAUUCACACGCUGGAGUGGGGCUGCAGCAGGGCCAGGGACACCCCGGGACAGGCUGGAUGUGUUUAUUAAAUUAAUUUCUCCGAAGGGCUGCAGUGCUGGUGCGUGAGAUGCGUUCCGUGAAGCUGUCCUGGGGCGGGCGCUGCGCGGGGCUGUGCCCGGGGUUGUGUGAACGCGGUGGUCGUUCAGGGAUGUUCGGCAGAGCAGCGCUGGCACAGAACUCGGGCCGGUCCUGCUCCUUUGGGGUGCAGAGGAACUUGUGAGGGGCUGGGACACACAGCUGGAGCCGGGGACGCCCCGGCGGUAUCGCGGGCCGUGCGGUACCAUGGCCAGUGUGGAAAGUGGAGGAGGAGGAACGGCGGGAAGCCGGGCGCUCCGGGGCUUUGUCCCGGUCACCGUGCGGCUCUGGCAGCCGCUCCCGGCGCGGAGCGACCGCGCUCACCUGCUCGGCCAAUCAGAGCACAGCUGCUGCGCGCUCUAGUUUUCUUCAGCCAAUCAGGAUUCGGAUUGGAGCUGCAUUUUCAGCCAAUCCGGAUGCGGAUUGAAAGUUCAGGGGGUUUUUUAGCCAAUCAGGAAAUGAUUGGGACUGCUCCCUUUCUGGCCAAUCGCCGCACGGCUGCGAGCUCUCCUUUAGCCAAUCAGAGCGCGGAGUUUCAAUUUAUUUGGCCAAUCAGGACACAGAUUGGGGCUGGUGGACUUGGCCGGAAAA